GGGAAAGUCUGAAAUUGCCGACUCUCUUUCUCUCUCCUUUGUGUGUGGCAGAUAGCGAAUAGAUAUGGCGCUGUGGAUGGAGGAAGGUUCAGAACCUAAAACCGAGAACGAGAUGGCGGACCUUGUCGGAAUCAGUGCCCUCAAAGAGUCUUUUGCUAUUGAACUCAAGGAAAAAGGAAACGAGUAUGUCAAGAUGGGGAAAAAGCACUAUUCAGAUGCCAUUGAUUGCUACACCAGGGCAAUAAAUCAGAAGGCUUUAAGUGAGUCGGAGCAGUCGGUUGUCUUUUCAAAUAGAGCUCAUGUGAAUCUAUUAUUGGGGAAUUACAGGCGUGCUCUCCAGGAUGCUCAGGAGGCAAUUAAACUCUGUCCAACAAGUGUCAAGGCACUUUAUAGGGCAGCUAAAGCAUCAUUGUCUCUGAAUCUGUUGGUCGAAGCAAAAUCGUAUUGUGAGAAAGGAGUCGAGCAGUCUCCAGAUAGCAACGAAUUAUUGAAGCUAGCCAGGCAAAUUGAUUUAAGGAAGUCAGAGUGUGAACAGCGUGAGGCUCAAGUCUCCAAGGCAGUGGCGGUAGCUAAGGGCAUUGUUUCUGCCAUUGAAGAUAGAGGAUUGAAGUUUGGGAAGGCAAUGUAUCAAGAACUCACGGGUUUAAAAAUACCGAUAUUAGAUAAGAAUAACAUUCUUCACUGGCCUGUUCUCCUACUGUAUGCAGAGGUUAUGUCGAGUGACUUUAUUGAGGACUUCUGUGAGACUGACAUGUUUUCAACUCAUCUUGACAUGAUAUCCUCUUUGAGGACUUUUUCCCUCCUUUUUUUGGGUUUGAAUUCUCAAUGUACUUAUAUGUCAAUGUGUACAUAAAUUGUGAGUAGUAUGAGGCCUAUCAGAUUUGUGAACAUUGC